AUGAAACAAAUUAAAUUGGAUGUUUUUUAUGUUCACAGUUCAAACCAACUCACAGAAUUGCCUCGAGAAGUAUGUUUGAUGCCCUUGCAAGUACUUCUACUGCCAGACAAUCUCCUAACUAGUCUUCCAAAGGAAAUUGGAAAGAUGACCUCAUUAGCUGAAUUAGAUGCUUCAAAUAAUAGGCUCACACAAGUACCUAUGACUCUGGGAGACUGCGCAGGUUUAAGAUGCUUGAAUCUUAGUAAUAACCAGCUCGGUUUAUUACCUUUACAAAUCACAUACCUCCGGCUCGAGCACUUAGAUGUGAGCUGUAAUUGCAUCUCUUCACUUCCAUUAGAGCUACGCAAUAUGACCACAAUUAUUACGUUAAAUCUGGACAAUAACCCCCUAGUCUCCCCACCUACUACAAUUUGCAUGCGCGGGCGCGUGCACAUAUUCAAGUAUUUAGAAAAUAUGGCUAUUAAAGAUUCUAUACCCGCUCACAGAAGAGUGGAUGAGACCAGACGAUCGACAAAACACACAUCGUACAUCGGUUCACCAACUAAUAGUAAUCAUCAAAUAACAUCUGGUAACGCUACUAUUGAUUGCUUAAGGCAUAAGCCGAGGCAUGUAGUUGAUAGCGGAUACUGUACAGAUGGCAUGGAGAAAAGGUGGUCGAAUGAUGCAAGCGGUGAAGGUGGAGGAUCAGGCCGUUCAACACCCAGCACACCUUCGACCCUCUCACCAGGAGCCGCCCUGUCGCGCGCGCAGUCCCUCUCAAGCGAGACGCCAUUAGCGCCCCUCACGCCUAUACUCACUGGCCUCCGUAUAUCACCCGAAGGGAAUUCAAAUGGCGAGGAUAAGAGUAAAUUAGCCCAUCAACAAACAUACAGACAAUACAAAGAAGCCCUAAGACAACAACGACAACAAGAUGUCUACCGACCCCGAACAGAGCAACCUUCUCCCGAAUUAGAUUCCACUCCACACUCCCAAAACCAAAGUCCCAUACAUUUUCAAAAAUCCCCCCAUUCACCCAUAAAUGGGUAUAACAUAUCCCCAUACACCCGAUCUCUAUCUAAUAACGGCUCAAACUCCCCCAACGCCCCAAACACCCCCAGCUCCCCCAUCCUACACUCCACCCCCCGAAGAUUUCAGACCCAGAACGGUAAUCCAGAAAAACCGGAAGAAACCAAACGGCCUGUCCAAAAAGUCGUUCCGUCACGAAACGUUAACAAAAUAUAUACAUCAGUCAACGGUAAUGUCGACUAUACACGCGUUAACGGAUCAGAAACUUACACGAAACCUACGUCCCCUACAAAAUCUCCGAUAAAUACGUAUAGUAGUCUUAAGUCUAACAUACCAAGGACAGUGAACGGCGAUGCAAAAUUGUUAACGACGUCAGUUGCGUAUUUAAAGGGUACAGGUUCGAAGCCGCCAAGCAAAAUAUGGAAUAAGGACACGCCGCCAGAUAAGUUGAGCUUCACUAUGAAGAGGGAGUUUGAUAAGCAGAAGGAGGAGUUGGAUCUGUUGCAGCAGUUGAGAACGAUAAUAGAGACACGCCUGAAGAUGUCGCUGCCGGAGCAGCUGGCGCCGGUGCUGGCGGACGGCGUGGUGCUGUGCCACCUCGCCAACCACGUGCGCCCGCGCGCCGUCGCCUCCGUGCACGUGCCCUCGCCUGCGCAGCCUAAACUAACAAUGGCCAGAUGUAGGAGAAAUGUGGACAAUUUCCUGGAGGCGUGUCGGAAAAUUGGCGUGGAAGAGGAGGACAUCUGUUCGCCAGACGAUGUGUUGGGCAUCGAGCGAGCGGUGCUCCCACUCGCUCGUACGGUGAUCGCCCUACACAUGAGCUCGCUCAAGGAUAUCCAACCUGAAUACAGCCGAGAUAUCACCAACCCUCAAGAAAACACCCAAAUAGACACCCCAAUGGACACCCAAAACAGCCCCGAAUUCGACACUAUAACAGUAAACUAUCGACGUAGAUACAGUGAGGAUAGAUUCAUAAGCAAUUUCAACUUUAAUGACCAAAAUUAUACGUUCGAUGAAACUGAGGAGUACCAGCUCAGUGAUAAUACAGAAUCCCCCCAAGUACAGUAUUCGCCGGUAUACACCAAUGAGCUAAGGAUUCGUGGACCUUAUUACCAUAAGAAUAAGAUUCAAUUUGUCACGCCCUUCUGUAAAGAUGGUGUUCUAAAAAGUGAUAAUUUUGAAAUAUAUGACACCGAUGAAGUCGACUUUCCGAUCGAGUUAAAUGAGAAUAUCGAUAUCGAUAGAUACGACAGAGACAAAAUGAACUUAGACAUUCAGACUAAUUACGAUAAUAUGGUCGAAUCUGCGAGUGACAGAGAGAAUAGGAUCUUCUACACUUGUCUAUGCCUCGGUAGCUUCGUCAUAUCGGCCAUCUUUCUUAUUCUAUAUCCUCUG